AUGGCCCGAGCCUUACUCCUGCUCGCUGUUGGGGUCUUGAUCGCCGGCGCACGGGCCGGAUCGGAGUUCCUCGCCGACGAAAACCCGAUCAGACAAGUCGUCGUCGACGGUCUGCACGAGCUCGAGAGCUCUACUCUACGGAUCGUCGGAAGCUCGCGGCGCGCGCUCUCCUUCGCUCGAUUUGCUCACAGGUACGGGAAGAGGUAUGAGAGUGCAGAGGAGGUGCAGCGGAGAUUCCAGAUAUUUACAGAGAAUUUGAAGAUGAUCAGAUCGCAUAACAAGAAGGGUCUAUCUUACUCUAUGGGAGUCAACUCAUUUGCUGACAUGACUUGGGAUGAGUUUCGUAAGCAUCGUUUGGGAGCAGCUCAAAACUGCUCUGCUACCACGAGGGGCAAUCACAAGCUGACUGCUGACGUACUUCCAGAAUCGAAAGACUGGAGAACAACUGGAAUUGUUAGCCCCGUCAAAGAUCAAGGUCACUGCGGAUCUUGUUGGACAUUCAGCACGACUGGAGCUCUUGAGGCAGCAUACUCUCAAGCAUUUGGUAAGGGUAUCUCUCUGUCCGAGCAGCAGCUUGUGGACUGUGCUGGGGCUUUCAACAACUUCGGCUGUAAUGGUGGACUGCCCUCUCAGGCAUUUGAAUACAUCAAGUAUAAUGGCGGGCUUGAGACCGAGGAUGCGUACCCAUAUACUGCCAAGGAUGGAACCUGCAAAUUCUCAUCCGAAAAUGUUGGGGUCCGGGUGCUCGACUCUGUAAAUAUCACCCUGGGCGCUGAAGAUGAGCUGAAGCACGCUGUGGCAUUUUCUCGGCCUGUGAGCGUGGCUUUUGAGGUGGUUCAUGGUUUUCGGUUGUACAAAGAAGGGGUUUACACUAGCACUACGUGUGGCAGCUCCCCCAUGGAUGUGAACCAUGCUGUUCUUGCCGUGGGUUAUGGGAUCGAAAAUGGUAUCCCAUACUGGCUCAUUAAGAACUCAUGGGGAGCUGAAUGGGGUGACAAAGGCUACUUCAAAAUGGAGAUGGGCAAGAACAUGUGUGGCGUUGCCACGUGUGCUUCCUACCCAGUCGUAGCCUAA